GCGAUUGGAAAAGAUGCAGUGCAGUAGAGAUGUAAUUUUGGUAACCUUCCUCCUGGUGUUGCAUCAAACUUUGGUUUUCGGCUGUUUAAUUACAAACUGCCCCAGAGGCGGGAAAAGAGGUGGGAAGUUAGCUUUGGAAACCAACAUCAAGCAGUGUGUUUCAUGCGGACCCGGGCAAAGUGGGCAGUGUUUCGGGCCCCACAUAUGCUGCGGCCCUUUCGGGUGCCUGAUGGGCACUGCGGAGACGACGGUUUGUAAGCGCGACGGCUACUUCCACGAAUUAGAGCCUUGCAUUGCUGGCAGCAUGUCAUGCAGAAGAAACAUGGGGAGGUGUGCAACAGAUGGCUUGUGCUGUGAUCAAGAUUCGUGCCAUGUGGACAGACUGUGUGCGUCCGACGAAAAAAUCAGAGCAAGAGGUAAUAUCGAGCCCUUAGAGCUGUUCAAAUUAAUUAACUAUCAAGCGCCCGAAUACAAUUCGGAAUAAUCGAAAGGGGAAAAACGCACUGUACUUACAUUUAUUAUUAAUAACAAUAAAGCUCAAUGAAUUUUACCAAUCACUA